CAUUGGCGUAGUGUUAAAUGAGCGUUCUGUUGGUGUAGAGAUCGCUCUCUGCAGCUCAGUUGAAUUGUCCAAACGAUUUUCGUUUCUGUUUUGUUGGAUGGAUUUUUGUACUAUAAUUUUCGGUUCGAACAAAUCGGAUACACGGUACAAUUUUUUAUUCUGUUCGUUUGUUCAUCUUUGCUUUCGAAAACUCGCCGCUCGGAGUUCGUGCUGACGGCGAUGAGAUUUUUUCUUAUAUACAUGUGCCGUGCGUUGUUUGCAUGUACAUAAGUCGCGAGUUCGAGUCCGGGAGAGUGUGAGACACGAUCGCGUCGCAGUGGUUUAGGGUGUGAGAGAGGUGUUUCUGACCAAAAGCAAAGGCAGCAACAGUGUACAUAAAAUAAGUAUAUCGUAAAGCGGACAAUACAUCCUGUUAUAAUAUUUUUCCCAUAAAUUUAACUCGCCCCCCUCUUCACAGAUCUAGUGCCUAGCAGUGCGUCUCAAAAUGGCAACUCGUGAAAAGAAGCCCAGAUCAGUGAAUUCAGACUCUCCAACCCCGUCCCUCGGUGGCGGUAGCGAUUCCGCACCGUCAACACCAACUAGUAAAGGCAAAGGUAGUCGCGUAUCCUUGAGCAGACAAAAGUCAAAACAAUCGCAGAACGCAAAUGAAGACUCGGUCCAGUCAACAGAUGAUAUUAGUGAUAUGCCAGCAAUAGAGGCGACCAGUUCAAGUAUUGGCAGACCUAGCAGUAGUAGUAGUAGUAGUAGAACUACGCGAGCCACGAAGGAUGAAUCUGCGGAGCAGGCCAAUAACUCAAAAGAGAAGGAAAAGGACGAAUCCAAAGAUUCGAAGGAUUCAAAAGCUUCCUCCAACCGUAAGACGGCUGAAAAAAAGAAGAAAUCUAUCAUUGGCAAAGGUGCUACGGUAAAGACUACUGUUACGGCACUGAAGAAAACAACGUUAAUGAAACGAAAAACUAGACCAAUUGUAGGCAAACCAGUACUAGGAAAGAAGGUCAUUGCUCGAAAACAAAUUAACUCCAAAGGAAAAAAGGAAGUGACCGUGACCGUGAAAGAGGAAGAUAGCAAAAAUACCAACCUGCGUAAUGGUAAACCACGCGCAACAGAUAGUCCGGUUGGUAAACGCAAAUCCGUCACCCCCAAGGAUAAAUCCCCUAAAGAUGCAACGUCAGACUCAGUCACGGUGAAAGUUGAACGUCGUCGAUCAGAUUCUGUUUCAAAAUGCUCUGACGUGACCGAUGCCAGCUUAUUGGAUACCUCUUCAUGUAAAGAUGAGGACGACAAAAAGGAUGAAACCAGUCUUUUGGAACUGAAACGGGAACUUAUGGAAGAACAUGAAACCAAGACAAAAAUCUUGGAUAAAAUGGCAGAAGCUUUCAACGAGCGUAAAACACCUACCGUUCCGUUAUCGAAGGAUGAUAAAAAAGUACGUCGUAGUGCCCGGCAGCGUAAAAGUACCACCCGCGAUAAAGACGAUUUUGUCACACCUAAGCUUAAAGCACCGGUGGAUAUUAAAGCGGAACCUAUGGAUAGCGAAGAACCGGUAGCUGCGCCACUGUGCAUCGAUACGGAGACUGCCAUGAAGGAGACGCCUAGUGGUGAAUUAGAAAAAGACUCCUCUCUUAGUCCGGAGCUAGUUAGUGAAGGUGUAUCAGAGAUCAGUGUGAAAGAAUUCUACAGUGAGCCCGCUUUCCUUGAAAAUAAUUUAGGUAUUGAAAAGGAUCCCAAGUUGGGUGAAAUUGUGCAAGUUCAAGAGAAGAUCAAAUUAGAUAAAGAAAGUGACAGUGUAGUAACUGCCAAUGGUAGUACGUCAGUAAUGCAGGAAGCUCUACCGGUUGUGAUAAAAAAAGAAAAAGUGGAACCUAAUGAAAGUAGAGAAGAUGAUAGGGAAAGUGUAUUAUUAAAUAGUGAACAAAUGGAAGUCGGUAAAUUGAAAGAGAUCAUUGGUAUCGUUGAAACUAGUGAACUUCCACCUAUCGUUGUGAUUCCAAAAUAUGAAUGCUCUGGCAAUGAAUCCCCUGCUUCGGAUGGAUCCAACGAUGUAAUGGCCACCGUAAGCAGUAAAGUAGAAAGUAUUCUAAAAAAAAUAGACUCACGUUCAGAUUCAGAUGGGGAGCGACCUAACAAGCAAAAUACUCAAAAAGCUAAAGUUACGGGUAAAGAAACAAAACCAAAAUCCCGCAAUUUAAAGGACAAAUGCAAAGAAGACGAGAAAGUGAAAGAGGAAAAGUUGCGCCAGGAAAAAAUACGCGUUGAGGAAAAAGUACGCGAAGAAAAGCUCCGCGCAGAACUUCUUAUUCAUGAAAAACAGAAAAAAAUCCACGAAGACAUAAUUCCUCAAGAUGACAAGGUUAAAAAGGAUCAGGAUGUGAUGAAUUCUUCUUCCGUAACACCUGAGCGAAUUGGUAAGCAAGUAAGCCCAAAUCAUGAUGAUGAAGUUGUUUCGGUUGUGGAGAAGGUGCUUCCCUCAACAACCAUUACAACGCUUAGUCUCACUUCUGCCGAUUCUCAUUUAGUUCUGUCCGUAACUUCUACGGAUCCGAUUGACAUUGUUGAAAAUACUAAAAUAGAACCUUCCAUCGUAACUAAUACAAUUACUUUGGAAAAUCUUCCCGCCAUCACCCUUCUUAAGAAAGAAUCGAAUCAGGCUAAGAAUGACAAUGUGAUUGAAAAUGUACAGCUCAAAGCUGAGCUAGAAAUUCUUCCAAUCAAGGAAGUGGUGGUGGCUAAGGGAGAAAAUUUUAUGACGAAAGAUCCGGAACUAUCGUUGCAUAUAGUCCCAAAGAGUGGAGAAACGGAAGCAACAAUAUCUGAGAAAUCUUUUACUAUCGAGGAAUGCACGUCCCCCAAUAGCGUUAUUAAAAUAGAGACUGAUGUAAAAAAAGAUUCUGCUAAUUCUGCUAUUUUCAAAGAAACCCCAGCAGAAAUACAAGAAGUAAAAGCAUCUGAUGCGGUUGAAAAUCGCGAGCCGAUAGAAAGAGUUCCACAGAUGAACCAUGCAAAGACUGUUGAAAUUAGUUCGCUAAGCGUGACUGAAGAUGUGCUUCCAGUAAUAGAUUCCAACAAUCCGGAGACUUCGUCGGUGGUUGGGGAUGAGACAGACGACAUAACCAAACAGAAAGAGUCCCAUUUUAAACAUCUAGGACUUCUUACCCUUCAAGCUGCCAGUGCCGAAAAACAACGGCGAAAGGAGCUUGUUCUCCAGAAACCAACCGGUGGCUCAGGAAGUGGAUAUAGCUCUUCUUCCAGCAGUGGUGGAAAGAGCAGUGGUAAACCAUGUAGAAAUUCCGAAUCCACCGGUACCUUGAAAACUGUGAUAAAACUUAAUCGAGGUGAAAAGCGUAGAGCACGACUGCCACUGAAAAUGACCCUACAGAAAGGAAAAGGCAAAGGCACAGAAAAGGAUGCCAACGGUGCUGGCGGAAAUGGGGAAACGGCAUUCUACAUCAUUCAAAAUGAGAAUGAUCACCAAAAUCAAUCGAUGCCUGACGCGGCAGGAGCUUCGCAGCAAGCAAGGAAAGCGCACAGCCGAUCCCAUACCACCGAUGCUGUAACUCUAACGGAAGUAGUCGCUGAAACAGCUACAAAAGAAGUCGUUCAAAAGGCGCUAGUUAUCCCCGAGAAGGCGUCUUCAUUUAACGUACACCCAGAGCGAUUAUGUCAGGAUCAAUGCUUCUACUGUGGCGGCAAGUUUGGGCUUUACGACACACCAUGCCACAUCGCGGCUAUGAAGUCUACCGAAAGACAGCAAAAAAUACUAGCUAGCGAAGUGAAAAUCAAAAUCGACAGCUGUUUGUGCGAUGCGUGCUUCCGGCAUGUGGAUAGGAAAACGAAUUGUCCUUCCUACAGGAAGAAGACCGAAGCGAAAUCUCUUACGUCACUUGCAAAAAUGCAGUCUAAUACAGAUUCGUCUCACGAGGAUAAGCAAUCUCACGAAGAUAUGGUGCGAAGCCCAACAUCUAUAACAAGGGAAAGUACUGAAACAGAUACCAAGGACGAAUCAGCUCAAUCGGCCACUAUCGAAGAUCUGGAAAUAGUCGAGGAAAGAGUUCAUGGCAGCUGCUACGUGCAGAACUGUGGCGCCAACGCAUCUCAUACAAUACGUCGGAAGUGGUUACUGAAGAUGAAGAAAACUAUCAGUAAAAUUUUUGAGAUUAACUUAGAACAAGCCAACGUGACAUCGAACUUGAUUCCAAUCUGCGAUAGUCACUACGAAUUGAUAAGCCACCUGAUGAUUUGCGCCAUGUGUAAACGUAGAUUGCCGAAGAAUCAUAUCUAUUAUAUAGUCAAUGAAAUCCCACAAUUAGAACGUCUUAUCCAGGAGCAAGGCAUAGCAAUGAAACUUGGCAAUUCAACGCUGGUCGUGUGUAAAUUAUGCAGAUACUAUGCUAAUUUGUUGCUUAAGCCACCGGAUGCGAAAUCACAAAAAGCUCAGUUCAUCAAGAACUACAACAGACGAAUGCUUCAAUUCUGUGAACGCGAAAAAGAACAAGAUCAGCAGGAACCAAGCAAUGCCGUUGCAGAACCAAUUCGAAUCAUUUCAAAUCCAGAUAUCGUUAUUUCUGAUGGCGAGGAGGAAUCUACUGCCAUAUUAUCAAUGAGUGAUUCUGUCUCAUUGCAGCGACGCCGUCGUCAUUCACAAAAAUCCACCGAGAUUUCUAUCAUUGACAGUAACUGUAGUCAGAUGGCCGAACUCGAAGAGGUUACAAUCACUCCAGCACCAAAACUGACAACGGUACCCAGCGUUGGCGUCGACAGUUCCAUCAUCCUUGAUACGACAGAUGCAUCUAACGAACAGGCAGUAGCUUCAGCAGAAAAACGUCGCAAAGACGAUACCCUCGAUAUGACAAAGGCUCUUAAAGCAAAUCCUAACAUUUCAAUGCGUGAACUUUUUCCUGGUGAGGAAGAGCUCGCAAUUCAUAUCAAUAUUCCGUUCAACACAGCCUCAACUCGUACACCGGAAGGAUGGGCAAAGGUGACUACUACACUUCAGUAUGAUGAUGCAACUCGAGCACUGUGGGAAGAUUUACAGAAACCGUACGGCAAUCAGUCUAGCUUUUUACGGCAUCUGGUUCUACUGGAGAAAUAUUAUCGUAAUGGUGAUUUGAUUUUAUCGCCGCAGGCUAAAAACAAUGCAGCUACCUAUUCGGAAGCAGUUCAAAAUCGACUUCGAGCAUUUGAUAAUAUACCAACACCCCCUCCAGUUACGGCGAUCGAUAAAACCACUAUACUACAACAACUAGGCAAUGCUCCGAUCACUAUCAUUCCGGCAUCAAACUCGAGGACUAAAUCGUCUACCGAACCCGUCAGUUUACUCAAAUCAAACAAUCCACAUUUAGUCGUAUCAGGCGAACCUUCAGCGACUUCCUUGAAGCGAAAACUGUCUGUAGAUUCCAAAUCUAAAGCUGUAAUUGGGAAACCUGAUGCUGCACAAGGAAAUAAAAUCAUUAAACUUGAUGAGACCAUCGUUUUACCUGGUAGCAAAACACCUAGUCUGGUACCCCCAGAAUUGAUCAGCAUUAAUGCGAAGCAAAAUGUUACAAUUACAUCGAUCCCAUCGACCAAGACUCAGACAUUGACACUCCAAAGCCAGCCGGUUCAACAACAAUCACUGCUUCAACCUCAGCAAUCACUACUUCAGCCACAAACUUCCAACAAGAAAUCCCCUGGAACAAGUGGAGCUCGUGAGAUUAUUAAACUUCCUGAUCAGCUAACUGAAGCUGAACGAAGAGAAACAUCAAAACCUUGGCGACCAACGCUUAUUCCUAUAACUCCUGGUAGUUCUGAAGCAAUCAAAGCGGGUCCGCUAUAUCAAACUGCCGAUGGUCGCCGACUACCAAAACUGGUUCAAGUCAUGUCGGGUGGAAAGCCGUAUCACAUUUCUAUCAAUGACUAUAACCGGAUGUGCAUACUACGACGAGAAAAAUUGCUUCAGCAACAGUUGCUACAGCAACAAAUUCAUCAACAUCAGAAGCGAAUGCAGCAACAAUCUCCUCCAAAUCCAACUAAGGCGCCAAAAUCAUCAGAAACGACAAUUGGUUCGGCAAAAAUGGUCCAAAUUCCAAAUCAAAUUCUUGAACAAAAUUCACUAAUUCCGAUCAAUAACACCGGAAACAACGGUUCAGGAAACACUAAGUCAAACGGCCCCAACAGUGAACUACAACAGUUGAUCAGAACACGCAAACCUAACAGCAAUAGCAAUCUUAUGCCAACGGCUGUUUCGAGCGCUGCGGCAACAGCGUUUUUCAAAAACACCUUAUCGAUGAACGCGGCUAGCAAAGCGCUCUCAUUACCCAAUAGCACCAGUCUGUUUUCGAUGUCAUUGCAGAAUCAACAGCAACAACACCCACCAAACGCAUCCUCACCCACAACCCCCUCGCAACUUGAUCAGCUCAUCAAAAGUAACAACCAAUUCCUGAGCAGUUUCGUAAGUCAGUCACAAUUGAGUGCAAUGGUGGCACAGGCUGCCGCAGCGGCGGCUGCUAAUUCUGGCAAUCCUAUGUUGAGCGCGGGUACCAGUGGCGGAUCGAUUCUCAUGGAUAAUUCGGCCGCUCAGCUGCUAUCCAAAAUACCAAAAUCCCUUACUGUGAUACCACAACAAAAACAAAGAUCCUUGUCACGUGUCUCCUCGAACGAGGACCAAAGCAGUGCCUAAGCAAAAGAAAUCGAUGAUACAAGCAAAACAAAACUGCACACUAAACGUAGAACAAAAAGUAUAACCUCUUAUCGAAUGAAGAAGAUAAUGAAACAAACUUGUUCAAUUUUAGAAAUUAGAUUCUUUUCUAACAAUGCUAAUCAAAACCCCGUUUCAUAACCACAAAAACAAUGGGAUGAACAUAAGCUUGGGAACUAAUCAAUUGCUCUAGUCACUUUGGCUUGUCUUUAAAUAUUUACGAGUUUUCGUUCUCGAUUUCUUUGAUAGACGGAAUUUGAGCUAAUCGCGGAAAAACAUUCCAACUCGGAUGAGCUAAAAUGUUGACUAUUCUAACUAGAGGCAGAAGACAUAGAUCGUCAGGUUUUUCCGGUAUGUUGUAGGCUCAUCGGUAGAUUUGGUUUCUUAACGUACGUUAACACAAAAAUACAAUAGUAACAACUCAAGCCAGUGAAGCAACUUCGAAAACGCUCAUUGCCAUAGGACAUGUUAGUUGUCCUAAUGGAAACAGAAAACAGUAAUCGGCUAAGAAACGAGUAAGUUAUUCGUUGCGCCCCCCUUCGUGAAGUUUUUUCCCGCUUGUCGUAGACGCAAUGAUUCAAUUAUUAGUAAAACAUUAUAAUUUCCAUUUUGAAUACUAUGAUUAUUGCUGAUAAUUUAUUAGACAUGAAAAUUCAUAUUUUAUGUAAUCGCUAAUGUACUACACACACUUCGCUUCUGUCUUAUGUGGGUAUAUUUCAACCUACUCUACAGUACUAUUUCUAUCUGCAACUCAUUUUUUGCGAUUAGUAAAGCAACCAGCAAACCUUUGAUUUAGGUUUAGGCUCAAUCCAUAAUUGGACCCAACUAUUUCUAUCGAUAAAUUAUUAAACUAUUAUAUAUGCUUUGUCAAUUUUGCUUUGAUCAAUACUACAGAAUAAUUUUCUGCAAGAAAGCCUAGUGUGUUAAGGUUUAAAAAAUAUAAUGCGAUAAUGCACCUGUUUAAAUCGUAAGGAAAAUUUAGCGAUAGAAAUAUGAAGACAAGAAAAUAUGUUGGAACUACAAACAAUGAGAUACGAAUAAAAGUUACAAAAAAAUGAAAAGAGCGAACAUAUGAGAUAGUUGACUAUUAUUUAAUGAAUUUUAGGAAUCAGAAAAAUAAGGAAACAUAUUUUAUCACACUUAUCACUAAUGGAAAACACUAGAAAUACACAGUAGACAUAUACUUCGAAUUAAAAACGUGUAUAAAUUUGAAAUAAAUUU